AUGAAGGUUAAUCAAGGCAGACCAAUUCGCUGGCAUGCACUCCUAUCAUUAAUUUUGUCUACAAUGUCAUUUAUGCUGGGCGUCGUCACAAUAUUCUCGGGUUCAAAUGACGGGGUUUUAGAAGAUUAUUAUUUCCUAAGGGCAACAAACCUCGGUCAGAGCUUGGUAGAAUUUGCAGCAGUCAAUUCUACCACAGCUAAUACCACAAGCAUAAUCGAUAUAUCUGCUCUGGACACCCGCGCUUUAUCAUCAGAUUCGAUAGAAAAGAGAGACGCAGCAUCCGAUUUCGCCACAGCAUUAUUCGGUAAUGUAAUCAAGGAAGUCAAGAGUAUUGUGAAGAAGAUUGAAGCUGGCGAUAACGAUGGUCUCAACGAAGCCGAAAAGGUGUUGGUCUCGAAUAUUACAGAUACUGUUGGAGUUGCCGAUUUCUACAGUCUACAUGUGAUGAAAAUAUGUCGAGGAACUAUUACAGCAGAGGACAAAUGGGUCGUUGAUGGCUGUUCGAAUUAUUCUCAAGCUUUGAAAGGCCUGACACAGCUCACCUCAUCUACUCCAUCAACCUUCCGUGUUGUCAACACUACUCUUACCGUUCCGCUACUUGGUCUUGCUACCACCGCAAUGCCAUUCACUGCCGGAAUGCUGAACAUAGGCACCAUUGCUAUCCUCGUUUUUUAUGGUCUAGCGUUGAUCGGAUCGGGUGCCACAAUCGUUCUAUCAGUAAUCUAUAUGUUCAAACCUACGGCUUGCAUCGUCUACUGCGCUCUCUUCUUUUCAUUCCUCGCGUCUAAUUUUACAAUGACUGUUACGCUGAAUCUAACAGCCGUUACCAGCAUGGUAAGCCAGAUGGUCUCUUUAGUAGGGCCUGCUCUAGGUGUCGAAGCUUCUGCUGGGGGUGCAUUCCUAGGGAGCUCAUGGAUAGCCGCCAUAUUCGCACUGAUAUUUAAUCAGUAUUGGAUGAUGGUCUGGCUAGUAGAAAUCAGAGCAUAUGGAUUCAGAAGAAGGAUAAGAACGGAUGAGGAGAUUGGAGAUUGGAAGGGAAUUAUGACUGAGUUGAAGAGAGAUUGGAAGAAGCCUGUACCGGAUGGACUUCCUACUUCAGAAUCUGAUGAAAAUCUCAUGUUAAUAGAGAGAGUAGAUGAGGUCACUGGUGUAGCGACAAAAGAACAGUCAUAUCGUUUAAGAUGA